GUGCAGGUAAAGAUGUUGAAAUUUCUGCGGCGGACCCUUGGUCGCCGAUCGAUGCGUAGACAUGCAGAAAAGGAGAGACUGAGAGAAGCACAAAGAGCGGUGACCCACAUUCCUGCUGCUGGAGAUGCCAAGUCCAUUAUCACUUGUCGAGUUUCAUUGCUUGAUGGAACAGAUGUCAGCGUCGACUUGCCGAAAAAAGCCAAAGGCCAAGAGCUGUUUGAUCAGAUAAUGUACCAUUUGGACUUGAUAGAAAAAGAUUAUUUUGGACUCCGGUUUAUGGAUUCUGCUCAAGUGGCGCACUGGUUGGAUAAUACAAAGAGCAUCAAGAAACAAGUUAAAAUUGGUCCACCAUACUGUCUGCAUUUUCGUGUCAAGUUUUAUUCUUCAGAACCCAACAAUCUCAGAGAAGAGCUAACAAGGUAUUUGUUUGUUCUUCAACUGAAACAAGACAUUUUUAGUGGAAACUGAACUUGGUGACCUGGAUCCAGCAGAGCAUCUGCCAGACAUUGUGUCAGAGUUCCGAUUUGUCCCUACACAGACAGAGGAGAUGGAGCAGGCAGUCUACGAAAAAUGGAAAGAGUACAGAGGACAGAUGCCUGCAGAAGCUGAAACAAACUAUCUGAAUAAAGCUAAGUGGCUGGAAAUGUAUGGUGUUGACAUGCAUGUUGUCAAGGCCAGGGAUGGGAAUGAAUACCGUCUGGGACUCACACCAACUGGUGUCCUGGUGUUUGAAGGUGCAACCAAAAUUGGCCUUUUUUUCUGGCCUAAAAUAACAAGGCUGGAUUUUAAGAAAAGCAAGCUGACAUUAGUAGUGGUAGAAGAUGACGACCAAGGUAGAGAACAAGAGCACACAUUUGUAUUCAGACUGGAUCAUCCCAAAGCCUGUAAACACCUGUGGAAAUGUGCAGUGGAACAUCAUGCAUUUUUCCGUUUGAGGGGACCUGUUCCAAAAAGUUCACAGAGAUCAGGGUUCAUUAGAAUGGGAUCCCGUUUCAGGCUCAGUGGUAAAACAGAAUACCAGGUCACAAAAGAUAACAAAGCAAGAAGGUCUGCAUCCUUUGAAAGAAGACCCAGCAAACGGUAUUCAAGAAGAACUGUGCAGCAAAGAGUUAAUCCAGUCCUUAAACUUCAAGACACCAGUGUUCAUAGCAAAGAGAUGAAUGAAAGCAAUGGUAUGCAGCAGACCUGGAGCCCAAGGCCAAAUAUACCAGUUACCACUGUACCUCCAGUUCCCAUUCCUGUGGAAAUCGAAGACCUUAGUAGGAGUCCUGGUGCUGCUCAUUCAGAAAAGAAAAGCACACCAGUAAUAACUGAUGUACUAGACAAGAGCCUACUGGAAACCAGCAUUGAUGAAAUUAUCAGUGUGCCUUUGACAGUGGCAUCCCCUGAUGAUAUUGAGAAAACCAGUCUGUCUUCACUUCAUUCUGGAACCAAUGAAGUUACUGCUAAUAAACUGGAUGCAACCGGGUAUGAAGAAGUAGUAGCUAAGCUGAAGAAGUUGGAGGCUGAGAUCACCCAAGUUUCAGACUUUCAACCCCAUCUCAAUGUCACUUUCACAUGCCAGGAUGACAUUAAGUUGCUGGAGAAGAAUCUAAAUGUUGACAAUGCCAUAACAGCACAGCAUCCUGUUGACACUAAAAACAAUGUUUUGAAAGCCCAAAUGGAGGCAGAGGGUCAGAAGACUAACAGAGACAGUGGAGGAUUUAAUGACAAAAGCAGCAUUAUUCUGGGUGCCACAGCAAGCAGUGUAGUGGAUAUGAAAACUCACCAUGUUGAUGUUCCAGUGAUAUCUACUAGCCUAAGCCUAAACAGCACAGAAGUAAACAAGGAUAUCCCCUUUACAGUGAACACUACAGAGGAACUGGAUAAGCUGAUUGCAUCACUUACUGAGAAUCUCAUUGAUUUUACAGAUCCUGCUCCAGUGAUUUCUCAUAAACCACUCAUCACACCUAGAUGGAUUGUACCAACUGGACUCCUUUCAGAUGGAAUGAUACAAAAUGACCUUAGCUCUUCUAUGAAGAUGUCAAACCAGAAUGUUGAAGCCUUCACUGCUACAGGAUCUUCUGUGACGGCACAACAUCCUGUAGAGAACACAUCAAGCAUUGUCUCACCAGCUAGUAAUGAACCUCUGAAAUUAAAAUGCCUGCUAACUACUGAACUCUAAGAAACAUUCAGGUCUCUUCCAGAGAUCACAGUUUUUCUCCAUAAAUGAAGAUGACUGCUACACAUGGAAAAUGUGAAGAGAAGCAUUUUGCUGUUAUGUUCUAAUGGAUUCGAUACAGACCAUCUUUUCCAACUUUUCUGGCAAUUCAUUUAAGCCAGUAGUCUGAAACCAGAGAUGUAAUAAAUUCUCUGUUAAUUUAACUGGAACACACAGGUCUUCUGAGCCAUAUGGUACCUUUUUUCUUAACAAAGGUAAUAUAGUGUAUAUCAGCAACUGGAAGAAAUCUGAUGAUGUGGUGUUAAGAAGAAUGCCUACACACUGGAUCAGAGUAUUUAUAGUAAUGUGUAACGAGACACAGGAGCUGCUAAUCUCCUGUUAGAAGUAGUGAACUUGUAUUUACAGUUACAUAUUUCAGGAGUCAGGAUAGUGUGUUCUGUCUGUCAUAUGUACAAGUGACAUUUUCUUUUGCUACGGAACUGCCAGCAGCACUUAACGCAACCUAGUGGAUCCCCUUAAUUACAGAGUAUGAUAUUUCUUUCUCACAUAAGAAGGUCCUAAUAAAUAUUCCAGCCUUAAUUGUGUUAGUAAUAAAGCGACCUGUCAACUGUCUUACUGUGCAACUACUGAAAAA